AUGGAUCCAAAGAAAGGCUCGGAGCACGUCGAGAUGGGUGGCUAUUCGGUGCCGAAUGAUGACUUUGGCUUCACGCAGCGGCAGCAACGGCAGAUCGUUCACAAGAUUGACCGAAGACUCAUCACCGGUCUUGGGUUGUUGUUUGGUGUUAGUCUCAUGGACCGCACCAAUUUAGGAAAUGCGUCAAUUGCAGGGAUGCAGAAGGAUCUUGCAUUGAAUAUCGAGUCAAGAUAUUCUCUCAUUGUCUUGAUAUUCUUCGUCCCGUAUGUCCUCUUUCAACUGCCGAGCUCUAUCAUCGUCCGCAAAUUAGGUCCCCGACAAUUUCUUGCUGGAAUCACCUUCUUAUGGGGUGUCGUGAUGCUAUGCUUUGGCUUUGUACAUGAUUGGAAGGUCAUGAUGGGCCUGCGCAUCAUCCUCGGAGCCUUUGAAGCAGGGCUCUUCCCAGGAGCUAUUUACCUCCUCUCUCUGUGGUACCGUCGCUAUGAUGUGCACAAACGUUACUCUUCCUUCUACCUGAUCAGUACCGUUGGGGCUUCACUUUCUGGUGUUCUCGCAUAUGGUUUCAUGCAAAUGGCUGGCCUCGGAGGUCUCAAUGCCUGGCAAUGGAUUUUUGUCAUGGAAGGCCUUCUCACCUGCAUCCUGGCUGUUUUUGGCUACAUACUUAUCAUCAGCUUCCCACAGGAUGCACACAAAGCGCACAAUUUCCUGUCGCAGCGAGAGAUUGACUUUGUCCUGCAUCAGAUUGAUAGGGAUCAGCAUGAUGUAGAAGACGAGCAUUUUAGUUGGUCUGCAUUCUUGAAACCUGGGCUUGAGCUGAAGGUCUGGGCCUUUGCGAUGAUCUUUUUAUGCAGUACUGUGGUCGCUUACUCGCUGGCCUUCUUCAUGCCCAUCAUUCUCUCCAGCAGACUCGGGUUCAGUGUCGGAAUUGCGCAAGUCCUUAGUACGCCACCGUAUUUCUUUGCUGGUAUCAUUAUGUACACCCAAGGCUGGCUGGGUGAUAAAUGGCGUUGCCGAAGCCCCUUCAUUGUGUGGAACGCAUUGCAGAACAUGGUUGGCUUGUGCCUACUAGAGUGGGCACGCUCUCCGGGAGUGCAAUACCUCGGUAUCUUCCUCGUGUGCGCUGGCUGCAACGCGACUGUGCCUGCUGUCUUGGCAUGGCAGGCGAACAAUAUUCGCGGCCAGUGGAAGCGAGCCUUCUGCAGUGCUAGUAUGAUUACUUUUGGCGGCACGGGUGGUAUUAUUGGAGCGCUUGUUUUUCGGUCUCAGGAUGCGCCGGAGUAUUUUGUUGGAGUCGUGGCUUCAAUUGUUUGCAAUGUCGUUAUCUUAACCGUCGCUGGGAUCCUUGUCGCAUACAUGCAUCAUGCGAAUCGAAAGGCUAAGCGAGGCACACUGGAAAUCGAAGGAUUGGCGGGAUUUUACUAUACGCUGUGA